ACCGACGAUAUCGAAAAAUUAAUUGCAACACAAAAACAAAUCCAGAACACAUAAUCGACACAGUUGGCAAGGUCUAUCCGGGUUAACAGUUAUCCUACUGCUGAUGAGAAAACCGAGUCAGGCUGCAGUCAAGUGAGAACCCAAGGCGAUAUUAGGUGCAAAAACUUCAAGGACGCAGACGCAUCGACUAAAGACUGUUACCCUCCAGCCCCCACCCGCACCUCCCCACUGCUGUACCAUGGCAAGGUGGUCGAAAUACAACACAGUUAUGGCACUUACAAGUCAACUUCUACUGCACCUUGUUAUACUGCUCAUCCUAUCUGCAGUGUCGCCAUCCCAGCAGACAUCGCCAAGGGAAGCUAAUAACGGCCCGCAAGCCGGCCCUCUCGUUCUGUUGGUCUCUUUCGAUGGAUUCAGAUGGGAUUAUCUGGACAAGACUGCCACUCCCAAUUUUGACAAUCUCAUCGAAGAUGGCGUCAAAGCAAAAUACAUCUACGACGCUUUCACUUCCAAGACUUUUCCAAACCACUAUACCAUUGUGACCGGUCUGUACGAGGAGUCGCACGGCAUUGUUGGUAACACUAUGUACGAUCCGGUGUGGAACGAAACUUACUUCAUGGGUAAUGAAUCGAAAUGGUGGGAAGGGGGCGAACCCAUUUGGGUGACGAACGAGAAAGAAGGGGGAACGAGUGGGGUGAUAGAAUGGCCGGGAAUGGACACGAAAAUCCACAACUUUUAUCCUACGUACAGACUGCCUAAAUAUAACCAGACGUUCCCGUUUGAGGCACGCGUUGACAUUAUAACGAAACUCUUCAGCAACGGAUCAAUCAAUCUCGGAUUGUUGUAUUUCCACGAGCCGGAUCAUUCCGGCCACAUGUUCGGUCCAGAUUCACCCAAGAUGGACGCGGUGAUUCGAAUGUGUGACGAUACCGUCGGUUAUCUGAUGCAAUCUUUACGAAAAGCCGGUCUUGGAGAUAGAGUCAACGUCAUCAUAACAUCCGACCAUGGAAUGGCAGAAGUGUCCGCAGAAAGAGUUUUGCAGUUAGAUGAUUUCGUGGACCCAUCUCUCUAUCACUACACGGAUAAUAAUCCAGUGUUUGGUAUUUGGCCGCAUGAAGAGAAUGAUACUGAACUGAUCUACAGCAAGAUUUACAAUGCCAGCUCACAUGUGAAGGUGUACUUAAAAGAUGCCAUUCCUGCGCAAUAUCAUUACCAUGACAACCAACGAAUUUCACCUAUCCUUGUGGUCGCUGAUGUAGGAUGGUCCAUCAACCGGGGAGACCAUUCCAAUGAUUCUCGGAAGAUGUACAAAGGCAACCAUGGUUACAAUAACAGCGUCAUGGCGAUGCAUCCCAUCUUCGUUGCCAACGGUCCGUCCUUCGAGAAGGGUCUCCUAGUAGAACCCUUUGAGAAUGUCAACAUCUACACGCUCAUCUGUGACAUUCUGGGUCUAUCGCCGGCACCCAAUAAUGGAUCUCUUGAAAAGGUCCAAGACAUGCUGCAGACCACAGAACCAACGUCCUCGCAUCGACUGACAAAACUAAGUGCCCAUGUGACAUACAACGAACUAACUACUGGGGGGUCGCCAGAAGAGAUGACUACAAGUACAAUCAUUGGAAUGGCUGUGGUUGGCGGGGUUGCAUUUCUAGCCGUUUGUCUACUCAUAGCGAUGUGUGCUAAGCAGCGUUCUUAUCGUCAGCCGCCCACGCAGUACGCGCCGAUCGCUGACACGUCAUUGGACAAUGUGGACGAAGCUCUGAGCCUGGAGUGUAACUCAAACACCAUCACGGAAAAGUCAAGAGGAAAUAAAAUAUCGGGUUUAAAGCAACUUGAAACCUAGUGACGUAUAUAGAGGAGCGUCCAAUUAAGUUAUGUUAAUACUUGAAAGUUGAAGGAAGCACAACAAAUUGUUUGGUAAAUGUAAAGCAAUGUUUAUUUGCAAUUUGGUUAAACUCUUGAUCACAACACUGAAAAUAAUUUCAUACCUGAAACUUUCAACCGACACUUCGGUCUUCAUCAGCAGGAUGUUUAUUUGGUUUGCAGUAACACGAUGAAUGUAUCUACAAUGUACUUGUAGAUUUUGUCUUUUGAGAACUUGUCUUGCUACAUAUUCUAAUACUGCGGAGUACUUUGUUACUACCGCGAAGUAGAUUUUCUGAAUUUGGGGGACUUCUCAGUUCAGAAACGAACUGCCUUGGAAGGAAGUUUAAAAAUCAGCUGGGACUUUUACCUUCCUUUGUGGAUCGAGGGGACUUCUUGUUAUUAACUUCACUGCCGAUGAGUGAGUUCUUAAUUGGUUUCAAUGGAUUUGAAGCUUUGAUGGUGAAGGGUGCAUCAUAUUGAUGUUUGGGUAAAACUCACUUGAAUUUGUUCAAAACAAAAAGGUUGAUGUCUUCAAUCGAUGGUGGGGGGGGGGGGGGGGGGGGCUCUGACAAGAAAGAUGACAUGUGGGGAAAUUGUGUACAGAUCUAAAUCUAAAAAAAAAAAAA